AUGAAGUUCCAUCUUGCAAUUCUCUCUUUUGGAUUAUUACUGGCCUACUGUGAGGCUUCGUGUAAAUGCAACACUCAGCCAUACGAUCCAGUUUGCGGCACCGACGGAAAAACGUAUAAAAAUGAUUGUGCAAUAUUGUGUCCGUGGAAGUCUGUAGGCAGACAAGGAUUUCCAAACCUCGUGGUGCACAAAGGACCUUGCAAACUCCCGUGUGACUGCCCGCAAUAUGCAGAUCCAGUUUGUGACAAUAAAGGAAACACAUGGCCUAACGAGUGUCUUUUGAAAUGCGCUAAAAUGAAUUCUGCUUCAGGCAGCGAUUUAGAAGUCACAAAAAUGGGACCGUGUGAUGUCAGCACUCCGUGUGAUUGUUCCAAAGAAAAAUAUGAACCCGUAUGUGGCGAUAAUGGAAAAACUUUUAAAAAUAGAUGUGUCCUUGACUGCUACAACGAUUCAGUGCGAUAUGCAACAGUAACUGGUACUGAUGGUGCUUGCAAGAUCAAUUUUGAUUAA